AUGUGGCGGCGUGGAGUUGCUGCUGUCCCGUUGCCUCUGUGGCAGGGAAAGCUGCUGCAACUAGUGCAUCACCGAGCGCUGUCUACAGAUACUACGGGGGACGAAGCGACCGCAUGGAGCCGUGCGAUGGAAGCGAAGUACGGCACAGGCACGUACAAACUAUUCCGACCUUUGUACAAAGACCUUUCGGACGAAAUGCGCCUUGAAGCUUAUACAAAGCCACCAGCACCGAUGCAGGGCUGGUCGGUUCAUCACGAUGAAGCCGUAAACCUUGCGAUUUUCUCCCACAAAGGGGACUCAAGGUCGCGCACCGCACGGGUUGUGGCAUACAGCCCAAUUACAGUGGAAAACCCCGAAUCACUGAAUCCCCUGCUGUAUUUCAUGGACUGGUAUCCAAUAAAUGUACUGAUGGAGCGGAACGGUGUUGUUGUCCACUUUUCGAUUGCUUCCACCGAGGGUGGCAUGCAUAUGCGAAACGUGAGAGUAUACAAGGCUCAGGACGAACUAUCGCCUAAUGAUCCUGAGAAGCAAGAUUUGCCGAACAGGGACUCUGAAUGUGAAAGACUGAUGUCAACUACCGACGACGCAGCAUGGGUACGUCACAAUCUCUACUAUGACGGCCCUUGUCUCUGGCACCUCGAGUUGGACAUGCUGAACGAAUUGUAUGAUGUAAUGCAGGACCACGGCGUUACGCUGGAUUGGGUACGGUGGGUAGCGGAGUGGGUGCACUACUUGGAGCAUGUGUCGUACGUGCGGUGGGCGUUAGGCGUGCUGCAGGAGCUUAUACCUGUUGAUGAGCGUGGGCCAGAAGAUGAUUUCCUCACCUUCGAAGAAAAAGAGGCGCUUGCCACCCCUCCGGAGGAGUGGUUGGAGGCGCAUUACAUAUAG